UGCUUAUGCAUUCGUCAUUGAUAGAUAUUUACAGUUUCUACCUUUUGAUUUUUGUGAACAUUGUUUAGGUUGAGGGCUAGAGUUAGGGUCUUGGAUUGGGGUGAGGGCCAGGCUUGAGAGCAAGUUUAGGUCUGAUUGUGGGUUUGCUUCAGGGCCAGUGUCAUGUUCGGUGUCACUGUUUGAGGGACUGUUGUCAUUCCAUAUUGUUUCCAAGUCACUGUUCCUUAGCAAUUUUUGGAGAAGCUGGGGGUAUAUUGGGCUCCAUGCAGCUUGAAUUUCCGGAAUGAAGUGGCUUCAGCUGGACCCUGGGAGGGAGCAGGUGCUUCCAUUGAAGGGGGAGCUCCCCUAGUCCUGCACUGCCCUCCCUCGCCAGCAGAGGGCGCAAGACCCCAGCUCCUGCCCUGAGCCUGACCUGGGCAGCUGCACUAGGGACAGGAGCCCAGCCUUGUCAGGGCCUGCUGGGAGACUUCUGGAGGCACUGGAGUCGCUCCGACCCUGACAGAGGCCACUCCCGCCCUGACAGGACUCGCUGUGGAGGAUGUGGGGUCGCGUCCACACUUACAGCAGUGCAGCCUCCUCAGGACCAGCCUCUGGAGGAGAAGGCUGCAAGCUGAAGAAAUCAUGCCCUGCACAUGCUUUCCCUCACUGGGGAUGUUGUCUUAAGGCUCCCCGAUGGCUCUGGCCAUUUGGCCAAAAGAAGAGAAAGAGCACUAGUGACGAUGAAAUAGGAAGGAGGCUGGCGGACACCCGCUCCAUCUCCCUGACCAGGAGAGUGACCGUACCGGGCUCUGCAGGAGCAGGGACUGGGGACUCCGGGGGAAGGCCGCUGACACUGACUGCGUGCCUACACCACCGCGUGGUCCAGGAGCCGGAGCCCAUGCAGGCCGAGCCUGAGGCUGCUCCGUCGGAGGAGCCAGAGCCGGCCCCACCUGCAUCCACAGCUCCAGAGGCGGGGAUGGUGCCUGCAGGGACUUCAGGAGGAGACCCGGAGCCAGCAGGUGGCUGGGCACCUGCCCACAGCGAGGCUGACUCUGUCCGGGAAGAGCUGGGGUCUGCCCCUGUCCCGGGGCCUGCCUUUGCUAUGGAUCCUGCCCCUGACAACACCUGUGCCUCUGCUCUGGAAUCCGCCCCUACUCCUCCUCCUGAGGAGCGCCCAGAGCCCCUUCUGGUGCCCACAGCCUUGCUCCACAAACAGUUACCCUUUGUUCUAUCCCCCGACCCUGGCAACCUGCAGGAACGUUUUGUGCCCGACGUGUACAUUUUUCCUUUCUGCUACAUACUGAUUUUGAUUUUGUCUUUACAUGUUCUGUAUACUAUUUAUCAUUUGUUUUAAAAAUAAAAUACUUGU